GAUGUCAUCCGCCGUCUUGUAGCAGCACGGGAGUUGUACGUGUGCCUAUGCUCCGGCGCUGAGGGGGGCUCUCUUACUAUCUGCCGCCUGGCCGGGGCAGCCCAGCAUGCUGUUCGGUCCGGGCACCGCUAUAAGGACGCUGUAGAAGAUUUAUGGCUGGUGUUUGACAUCAUGCACCAUCGUUGGCUACUACUCCUUGCAUGCUUCUGGGUCCUGUUCAUGUUGAUGGUUGCCAGCAAGUUUAUCACCCUGACAAUGAAAAGCCCAGAGGGUUAUGGAGUCAGACAAGGGUUGCAAACUAUUUUACCAGAAGUUGAGAAAACAACUGUUACCGGGACAAAGAAAUUACAGAUUGAGAGUCAGUCAUCUGCAGAGCCUCUGCAAAGUGUGACACACCUUGAUCUCAUCCACAAGGAGCGCCUUGAGCUGUUACAGACUGUGUGCAGAAAUGGAUCACUGGGUAACCUGUCUCACGCCAUCAUCUCCAAGUUUGUACUGGACCGAAUCUUUGUCUCCGACAAGCACAAAAUCUUGUUUUGUCAAACCCCCAAAGUAGGAAAUACACAGUGGAAAAAAGUUCUCAUUGUUUUAAAUGGGGCAUUUCCUUCAAUCGAGGGUAUUCCAGAAAGUAUUGUUCAUGACCAUGAUAAGAAUGGUCUGCCUAGGCUAUCUUCAUACAGUGUAUCUGAUGUGCAUAAGCGACUGAACUCCUAUUUCAAAUUUUUUAUUGUGCGCGAUCCAUUUGAACGUCUUAUUUCUGCCUACAAGGAUAAAUUUGUACAUAACCCUCGUUUUGAACCAUGGUACAAGCACAACAUAGCUCCUGUCAUCAUCCGCAAAUACAGGAAAGAUCGCUCAGAGACCAAAGGAGGUCUACAGUUUCAAGACUUUGUACGAUACUUGGGGGACCCAAACCACAAGUUUCUAGAUCUCCAGUUUGGGGAUCAUAUAAUACACUGGGUAACAUAUGUAGAACUUUGUGCACCUUGUGAAAUUAAUUACAAUGUGAUUGGACAUCAUGAGACUCUUGAGGAAGAUGCUCCAUAUAUCCUGAAGAAGCAGGUAUAGACAGACUGGUAUCCUAUCCUCCUAUACCUCCAGGAAUCACACGUUACAAUAAGACAAAGGUGGAACAGUAUUUCUCUAAAGUAUCAAAGAGAGACAUCCGACGCCUUUAUGAGAGAUAUGAAGGAGACUUCAAACUUUUUGGAUAUAAAGAGCCAACUUUCUUAUUUUAA